CACAGCUCCACAGUGGGUAAACAAAUUGUCUAUUAAACAAUCAACUUUUCACCUAAUAAAUGAUAUCGUAUAAAUCAAUUGAGUCGAUGCCAAUCAAGUGGGGCAACACAGAUAAAUCUCCAUCACAAUGGGAAGAGAUCGCAGAUCUUGGUAAACGAAAUGCAUAAACAAACGUCCCUGGUAUUAAAAGUGUUUUAUGAGCUUCGUGUUUUGUGGUCGAGAAAUGAUUGGUUCGUGACAUUUCAGCUAAAGAAGAUACAUUUACCAUAGAAUGCAAACAGAAUAUUGAAAGAAUUUAAUGAUUUAAUAAAAUUUUAUAUUAUGCCUAUCUAUAUAUCGCUCAAUCAAGCAGUAUUCAAAAAUUAAUGUUUAUGUCUAUUAACCCCAAAGUAGAUCCUAAAUGGUUUCUACCAACAGAUAGUUUUUCGCAUCUCAUAGAUACAAAACACGAUUCGUGCAGUUAGAGCCCUUCUACGCGCUUCUCAAUCUAUCGAGUGGCCCCGAAAGUUCUGUGGUAGCCGCCAAUCAAUUGAUAAACGAGCAUUAUCGCUGCGGCAAUGAUUUAUUGUUGCAUAAAUGGCACUCACUAUUUAUUAAUAAAUGGGAAGCGAAAUUCUGAUAAUUUAUAUACAUAUAUGAGCAGCACCAAGGAUUUGUGGCCCAGUGUUUGUGUCUGUUCCUUUUCUCGGCGAUAGCAAAGUGGAAGACAAUGUCGCGGAUAUGCUAAGUGGAAAUGGAUCCGAUGAUUUGUGAUCUGUGGUCUGGCCGCAACUGGCUAUUGAUUCUCAUUUGUCUCUGCGGCUUUCAGCAAACGCACGGCUUCUUUGUCGACUACACAGAGAACACCGAGUUAAUUCAACAGAGAGCCGGAUUCGAUGUCAAGCUGCAGUGCAAUCUCAAAGGUCUGGUGGAUGAGAGCAUGCUGGAUAACAUCAAGAUACACUGGUACUUCAAGCAAUGCAGCGAAAACAAUUGUCAUCAACUGGGCUCCGUGGAGGAAUGGACUGCACUGCCUUGUGAGCCGAGUCUUUGUCGUCCGGAACUGUGGCUCCGGAAUGUGACGGAGCGGUAUUCGGGACUCUACAAGUGCAGCAUUAAUCCGCACAUUUGGGACAAGGCUCAAGCGGUGGACGUUCAACUGGUUCGCACCUAUCAGCUGGAUGUGAAGAACACCUCAUUGGCUGCCCCUGAGUUUGUGGACUCGUAUCCCAACAACAAGACCACAUUGGUGGGCAGCAGGGUGGUGUUCCAGUGCCGGGUUCACAGCGAGGAGCAUCCCACCAUCAAGUGGUUUCGCCGGCAGACCUACGUGGGAACUCAGUCAGCUGGAGAAGCCUCCGCGGCAUCCACAACCUCCAACUUCAGCACCCAUAUUGUGCGCUACAAUGGUCGCACAUAUGAACUGCUGUCCACCGAUCCCGAAAAACUGAUGGCACCACAGAUAUAUCUCAGCAAACUGAUACUGGACGGAGUGCGAUUAGGGGAUGCCGGACACUACGCCUGCGUGGCCAUCAGCUAUCGAGGCCAUAAGAUCCGGGAAGCCUUCCUGGACGUGCUGCCCGACGAGGAGUAUCCGGAUCAGGAGAAGGAGUACUGGGCGGACUACGAUGGUACGGAUGAGGGCGUACCGACUAGCGAUCGGCGGGAGUUCCUGCUGCUCUUCCUGAUGCCUCUGGGAUUGGCUCUACUGCCACUGAUCGUGUGGUUCAGCUACCUGUUGUACAAACGCUGCUCUGUGGGCCAUGGCGACUGCCAGCGGAUAGAUUCGGACGAGGAUCUGGACACGGAAAGGUGUGUCCUCGGGGGCAACUAGCAUUAGGAUCGAACUUAUUUGAAGCUGCACUACGCUUACUAAGAGGAUGUAAUAAAGACUGUCUUUAAAGUUAGGAAAAGUAGACGUACAAUCUGAAGUAAAUAUAAGGUUUUAAAUAAACAUUAAAGCUAAUCAAGUCAA